UAGCAUAUUGUUGGUACUAGUCGCUACUCGCGUCUGGCACUCGUGUACACUUAGGUCUCGUAAGAGCAACUUAGUAUUCGACGUAAAAAUUACUUGUACUUUAAUUACUAUAAUAUUAUUGCUAAUAAUUGUGUAAUUAUAAAUUGUGAAUAUGACCAAGACCAAGAAAAGUAAAAAAAUUCUCAAUAAGCGCUUUGCUAGUAUGAAAAAGAUGAUAAAACCUACCGAUUCAAGAAUAAAAGAGGAAAAGCGAACGAUUAUUAAAAAGAAGAAAAACGAUGAUAAAACUGUUGCUGUUCGUCAUGUGCCUCAAACAAGUUCAGCACUAUUCUUUCAAUUUAAUACACAACUAGGACCACCAUAUCAUAUUUUAGUUGAUACUAACUUUGUUAACUUUUCCAUUAAGUAUAAAAUGGAUGUGGUACAAAAUAUGAUGGAUUGUUUGUAUGCUAAAUGUAUACCAUAUGUAACUGACUGUGUAGUUGGCGAAUUAGAGAAAUUAGGCCAAAAAUAUAAGAUAGCAUUAAAAAUUGUUAAAGAUCCUCGUUUCCAACGAAUACAAUGCAUGCAUACUGGAACAUAUGCUGAUGAUUGUAUAGUUCAAAGAGUAACACAGCAUAAAUGUUAUAUAGUUGCUACGUGUGACAGAGAUUUAAAAAGACGGAUAAGAAAAAUUCCAGGAGUACCAAUAAUGUAUAUUAUGCAAAGAAGGUAUACAAUUGAAAGAAUGCCAGAUGCCUAUGGUGCUCCAAAAACAUAAUACACUUGUUAAAAUUUAACGGACUUACCUUCUGUAGAUACUGCUUAUUUGUAUAAGCUCUGAACGUUUAAAUAUUGUAUGUAUUUAAUUAAAUAAAAAGUAACAUAUUGUGAAAAUAAAAAACAAAA